GUUCAAAUAUAUUACGGAGACUUCACCAUAAGCGAAGUUUUUGCGAUAUUAACGAAGUAUUUAUGCUACUGCGCAAUCAUUAAGUGUGACGUUACAUAGUCGUGAAAGCAUUAGGGGUUGCUAUACUCUCAAAUAUUUUACAUUUUAAAGUGUUGCCAUAGGAAAAUGGAUGCCUGUUUAUUCCUAUUAAAAACAAAGUCUAUUUUACUCUAAAAAGUAUCUGCUACGGCAGACUAGACACUUGGGAUUCAUACCUUCAAAACGGCUUCUAAAAUGAAUGGAUUUGCAAGACAAGGUGUCGUUCGUGAUGAAAACGGUAAUUUGAUAAUCCCCCCAACCCAAAGACCCGAUGGUACAUGGAGAAAAGCCGUUCGUGUCAAAGAGGGGUAUAUUCCUCAGGAAGAAAUUCCACUUUACCGAUCUGCUGGUGUACAAAUCCUUGAGAAGAAAUCACAGUUCGUCAUCCCAGGUUUGACAAAAGAGGAUGCAGAAAAGUUAAAGCUAGAACGAAAAAAACAGUCACAAUCUGAUACACCAGCAUUAAACCCAGUCCUUAAAAAGAAAAAGUCUAAGAAAUCAAAAUGCAAACAAACUGAUGUCCAAUCUCCAGGAACAUCAGACCAAACAGAACUGGAUCCAACAAAGCUUACAAAACGCAGUACUAUUUCACCAAAUCACUCUGAUAAGGCGAACAUUGCAAUUCCAAGUGAUGCGACCGUGACUACCACUGAAAAUAUUGAUCGGCAGCUUAGACGUGAACAUAAACGAUUACUCCAAAUCGAAGAGAUAGAGAAAAAGAAACAAGCUGGAGAGAAUUUAAACAAAGAUCAAUUGAUAAAGUUAAGCCACAAACAAGCUGUUGAACAGCUCAUUGAACAGUUGACGUUACUUAAAACUAACUGACUUUGUCCUGCCCUUUUUCGACAGCAAAAUCGAUUUCGUUUGUUUUUUCACUUUUUCUGUCCACCCUCCCCACGUUGUUCCAAGUGUUUUUAAAUCGAAAAUAACGAAACCAAACUAGACAAGGUUUAGAAUACACUGAUGAAUUUAUUAAAUAAUUGAUCCACUACCAAUAAACAUAUGUUGUUAUCAGUUAGUAAUACUGAGUUAAACAAACUAAUGUGAUGCAACGGCAUUUGUGCAUGUUCAGUGUGAAUAUAUAUAUAUAUAUAUAUAUAUAUAUAUAUAUUCCAUCAGCGUUUUGUAAACUACAAUUGUUAUAUGGAAAAAUAUGGUACUUUUAAUAUCUUUUACAAUAUGUUUGUAUAAUCGAUGUAAUAUAUAAAUAAUAAUCACACUUAUUUUGUUGUAUAAAAAGGACUUGCUGGUCGAAAAAAAAUUUGAUAAGUGUACACCUAUUUAACUCAAAGCUUAAUUAUGAUUAUAAAAACAAUCUGACGAACGAAUCAUGUAA